UCAAUUGUGGACAAUGACGAAGCAAGUCGGCGGAGAUCUUUGGGCUACAAGUUAUCAUUGUUAUCACGUACCCCCGUGGCGGUUCGUCCAUAUAAAAGCUAGUCUUUUAUCUCUGACGACACAAUAGCACUUAGAAACACCUUUAGCUGCGGUUAGAAUUCCCACACAAUGCCUGAGGAAAAGACCCAUCCUGUGCCUGUGUGGCUCACCAAGGACUUUGUACAGGAGAUGCUGCGCGUUCACUUUAAAGAAGAUUCCUUGAGGCUGGAUAAAUUGGACAUUAAACCGGCCAUUGCCAACGGAGAGAACUACGCUAGCGUUAUGACCCGCAUCACUGUGGAGUACACCACCAAGGGCUCGAAGGGUAAGAGACGGUCCACAAGCUUCCUGGUGAAGACGACUUUUGCCGAGAAAGAUCCGGCUGCCCAUGUGCUUAUUAAUUACGGGGUCUACACCCGUGAGAUGGACAUGUAUCAGAGGAUUAUUCCCAAGCUGACAGAGCUAGUGAAAUCCGAGAUCCAGGAUAACCGGAAGCUAUUUGCCGGCACCGUAAACGUCGACUGGAAGACAAACUCCAUAAUCUUUGAAGACCUCUCUCUGGAGCAAUAUAAGGUGGCCUGCCGGCUAAAGAAACUUGAUCUGGAGCACACUCAUCUGGUGCUGGAGAAGCUGGCCAGUUUGCAUGCCGCCGGAGCAGUCCUGGCCGAGCGGGAGCCCGGUAUACUGAAAAAGAACUACGACCGAGGAUUCUAUAAUAAGCAUACCCGAGGCUAUGAACCCAUUAUGACGAAUCUGCUGAAGGCCCUAUCUCGCUCCCUGAACUUGGAUGAGGAGCUGCGUCAACGCUAUAAGGCCAAGAUAGAUAGAUUGGUCGAUCGUGUGAUGAUCUAUGGCGAACGAUCAACGACCAACAAUCCCGGAGACUUUCUGACCCUGGCUCACGGAGAUCUUUGGACCACCAAUGUCAUGUUCCAGUACGACGGAGAGGGUCAUCCCAUUAAUGCCACCUUUAUAGACUUUCAGUUCAGCGUGUGGAACUCCCCGGCCAUUGAUCUGCACUACUUCUUUUCCACAUCGAUACACGACAAUCUCCGACUGAAGAGCCAACCGGAGUUGAUCCAGUUUUAUUACUACAAAUUGGUGGAUGCCCUCAAGAAGCUUAAGUUUUCCGGUCACGUGCCGAGCUUAUUUGACUUUCAACUGCAGUUCCGCAUGAGAGCCUUCUAUGCUGUCUUUGCCUCCCUUAUUUUCGAGCCAUUGAUGCUGUACAAUGGCAAGGAGGAGGCUUCAUUGGAGCAAAUUAUUUCCGAGGAAGAGACCGGACUGAGGUUCAAGGAUGACAUCUAUCAGCAGGAGUGUGUACGAAAGAAGUUGCAUCUUACGCUCCCGCUCCUGGACCAUUGGGGAUUGCUUGACGAAAUGUGAUGUUUUCUCGCACGAAAUUGUUAAAUUAAAAUAUAUGCAUUUGACCGAAAAGCGAGAUUAGACUAAGAGCUGGCAUUAACUUAAACUGUCUGUGAGUUAUGGUAUGAGUGUAAGUUAUCAGUAUCAUUAGUCCCACUGCAAUAAAGACAACUACAAAGCUAUAU